AUGAAGCACUUGUAUCCAAACUUCGAGGAGAGACUCGUCCACGAGAUGACUUGUCUGAAAUUCGUGGAAUCGCAGAGGUCUGAAAAUAUUAUCAACAGAGUCGUCGCGAAAGAUACAAAACCGAUUCCAUUUGUUAAUGGACAGGAACCUCCAAUUGAUCUGCCUGAGCUAACAACUAUCUCCGACGUUGAAAAUUUGAAUCCAACUACUCAAUUGAAAACGUACAUCCAGGGAUAUGGAUGUAGCUACGACGAGAACGAUCCCCAAAAGUCCCUUAAAAGAAAACUCGCGGAUUGUGUUGGUUUUGUUACGUACCAGGAUGUUUUAUACGAGUUUUCAGACAGCAAUGAAAACCUUCAAGACAUAGAAAACCAAAAUAGUACACCAAAUCGAAGGACUGGAAGACUUAGAUCUCGUCAUCAUGGAUAA